AUGGCAUUUGACAGUUGCCACAAGACGAGAAGGAGGCAGUUGCAGAUGCUAACGUUCGCACACAUUUUCAAGUCCUGUAGUCAAGACAGCUGCGCAGUCCUUGCCGUUAUGGCCGAUGUUAUUCGGCAACUCAAGAUCGCCAUGCCCGGGCUCAAGACCGUCUGUUAUCGGCAGGAUAAUGCCGGCUGCUACCACUGUGGAACCACUCUCGUCUGUGCAGCAGCCCUUGGCCAUGAAGAAGGUGUCAAGAUCAGGCGUCUAGAUUUUUCUGAUCCACAAGGGGGCAAGGCGGCAUGUGAUCGGAAGGCUGCGACUAUUAAGUCCCAUAUGAGGAUUUAUCUUAACGCUGGAAAUGAUAUCGAGACGCCUGAGCAGAUGAGGGACGCGAUACUCUCUUCUGGUGGAGUUCCUGGUGUUAACGUAGCAUUGUGUGAGACUGUCCAAGUCCCGAAGGUGCUAUCUUCAAAGAUAGAUGGUAUUAGUCAGCUCAGUAAUGUCGAGUACAAGGAAGAGGGGCUACUAGUUUGGAGGGCGUAUGGUAUCGGCGAUGGUAAACUCAUCCCUACAGACAAAUUGCAUUGCCCAUCCCCAUCUGACCUACCGACCCUUACCGGAGUUACUCGCUCUUACUCAGGCGCAUUUACAUCUGUCAAGGAGAGGCGCAUAAAAGCAUCAGUUCGAGAUCCAGAUCCACCAGUGAAUAUCGAAGAGGAAGACAGUAACGCGGCGAUCUUCAGUUGUCCUGAAGAGGGUUGUGUCAAAACAUUUGUGAGAUAUUCAUCAAUGCAGCGGCAUUUAGACUGUGGAAAACACCAACGAGCUCUUGAGCGAUAUACUCUACUGGAUAGAGCUGCUGUUGGAUAUGCUCAAAGGCUUGAGGGGCAAUGCGAAGCUGUUCCCGAGCUGGAGGCAGUUGGAGAACCGCCAUCUUCUCACGACAUGCUACCAAAGGGUUGGGCGCUCAAGUCAAGUGCUUCCCGUAGAUCUAGAUUUACGUACAAGCAAAGGAACUACCUGACUGAAAAAUUUCAACAAGGUGAGCGGUCAGGACGAAAAAGUGAUCCGGCAUCAGUUGCGCGCUCUAUGAUGUCUGCCGUGGACUCACAAGGGAAACGGAUGUUCAGUAGUGAAGAGUUUCUGACUGCAUCUCAGGUCGCUGGAUUCUUCUCCAGACUUGCGGCAAAGAAGUCUCUCUUUAACGAUGAUGAUCUUGAAGAGGAGAUUGAAUGUGCCACCCAGGAGGCAACCAUCGAAGAAUUGACGAAUAAGGUUUCUCGGGAACUUUUUCCAGGACACCCCAUCAUGUGGGAUAAAUAUAACCUAUGCGAAAUGACCUCAGGAGGGAAACUCAACACGACCAAGUUAUCGGUUGCAAAACUCAGAGACAUUUGCGCCGGGCUUGACAUUGCUGUUGAUGUAUCCAUCAAACGCAAACAGCCCUAUGCAGACAAAAUUGAGGAGUACUGUCAAACAUGUCGCUGCAAAGCGGAUAAGUAA